UAAAUUUCCCCAUCAUGAUGAAUUGUAGACGAAUAUUUUUGUUGUGCUUUUUCCAAGAAUCUGUUAUAUGAAGUAGGACGAUUGUACUGUUAUAGGAAGUUAGAUGUGCACUUCCGACUAUAUAUAUAUAGUUUGAAUUAUUAGCUAAGUACAUAAGAGAAUCAUUAAUCGAACAUGUGGAAAAUAUUUCCUCUUCCAAAGUCAUUAGAAGAAACAAACAUGCUAAGGAAUAUAUACUACAACAUCUCCGCGGCGGUCGAAGAGAGUUUGAAAAAGUGGUGGUGAGAUCGAUCGAUCGAGAAGGUACGUAUCGAGAAAGUUAGGGUUCGGGAAUGACGAAGAGCUUGGCUCGAAGCUUGUCGAAGAGCCAUGUCGGCGCGGGGUUUCUCGUGGGCUUCUUCCUGGUCUUGCUCGCCUACUUCACCGUGUCGGAGCAGUUUGCGAUCCGCGCUCUAAAUCUUUUUUCACAACGAUCGACGGAACAUGAAGUUGUAUCAACUCCAUCUGCAAAGGAUGUAGAGCAAGGUAGAGGCGCCGAAAAAUCCAACCAACUGGUAGAACUGAAGCCGAUCUGCGACACGUCGAAUCCAGACUUUUGCGACAUCACCGGCGACACUCGAAUCCUGGGAAGCAACUCGACGGUCUUUUAUGUCCCUCCCCCCAAAAUCACCAAUCCUGAACCUCAAGAGUGGAAAACCCGAGUACGAACUCACAAGCACCUUAAGUUGAUCGAAUUCGUGACAAUAAAAUCAUUACGCGGUCCGUCCGAAGCCCCUCCUUGUACGGUCCGGCACGAUGUCCCCGCGGUCGUGUUCGAGCUAAGUGUCCAGAUUGGGAACAUCUGGCACGACUUCAACAACGUGAUCAUCCCCCUCUAUCUCACUUCUCGUCGGUUCAACGGCGAGGUUCAAUUCCUCAUAACCAAUCUCAAACCUUGGUUUCUCAAAAAGUAUAGCGUGAUACUCAAGAAGCUCUCAAGGUAUGAAAUUAUCGAUUUUUCUAGCGAUAAGGAGAUCCGUUGCUACCCGCGUGCCCUUGUCGGCCUUCGGAGGCAUCGUGAUUUCGGGAUCUUACCCAAUUUGCCUCCAAAAGGGUACACAAUGCUUGACUUCCGGUUGUUCAUUCGAGAAGCUUACUCGCUUCCAAAAGAUGUACCAAUAAGUUAUCGAGAUAAGCCGGAAAAGAAACCACGACUGAUGCUCAUAAAUAGGGGGGAAACCAGAAGGUUGUUGAAUAUAGAGGAAGUCGUGAAAUCGGCCGAGGAGUUAGGGUUUGAGGUGGUGGUCGUCGAGCCAAAGAGAGACCUAAACGUGACGGAAAUCGCAAAGGUGGUGGACUCAUUCGACGCGCUGAUGGGGGUGCACGGGGCCGGGCUAGCUAACAUCGUUUUCCUCAGAACGAACGCCGCCAUGAUCCAAGUGGUGCCCUACGGGAAAUUGGAGCCCAUUGCCGAGAGCUGCUACGGUUGGCCUGCGAGGGAAAUGAAAUUGCGAGAUGUCGAGUACACGAUUAGCUUGGAGGAGAGCACAUUGUUGGAGAGACUCGGGAGAGAUCACCCCGCGAUCAAGGAUCCGGAUUCAAUUCACAGGAGUGGGUUGAAAAAAGUGAGGGAGUUCUACAAGCUCAACCAAGAUGUGAAGCUAAAUGUCACAAGAUUUGCUCCCACACUAUUGAAGGCUCUUGAGCUUCUUCACAAAUAGCGGGUGUAAGGAAAGUAUUCGAAACAACUGCUUAACUUUUAAAUAUUCUUAUUAUUUAAUAUUUUAAUUUGUUUAAUUCGCGCGAUUUGAUGUUUUUUUUAUUGCAUAUGCGUCUGUGUUUAUUAAAGGAAUGGCACGAGAAACUUUACCGGAAAAGAUGUUUAGAAAU